AUGGACGUCAAGAAACGGUACAUAUGGUCCGACCGGGAGACCGAACACUUCAUCAGACUCAUCAUUGACAUGGGCAUGACCAACAUGCUGGACAGCAAGAGGAAAAGGAAUUCGGAUCUUUAUUCCAGUCUGGUCGAACCAAUGGCAGCUGCUGGUUUCAAUAGAGACGCGACGCAACUGAGGACCAAGUGGAAACACUUGAAACAAGAUUACAAAUUAGAGUUGGUGAGAAUUGAUAAGAAUGGUGCGGCGAGUUCAAGGAUGUCGUACUUUCAUUUGCUCCACGAAGUAUUGAGUUGCAAACCAAGCAAUGCCAUGACGUACCUCUGUGAAGUUGUUUCGAAUUCUCCUCCCCGGCUCGACACCUCAGAAAGCAUCAAGACUGAAUACUUAGACGACAUUAAAAUGGAAACGGACUUCUACAGAGUGACCGAACCGCAGGUGGACAUCAUCCAGUCGUGCGACGUGCAAACCCAGACGGAAGGCACUCCGGAACAGCACCUACUUCAAAAGCUGCACGCCCUGGAGAACAGCAUCAACGUCCUGAGGGAGGACUGGCGGCGAGAUCGGGAGAUGCAAAACGUGCUGAUGGAAAAGCACGCGAGGAGGAUGUUGGAGCACCAGAAGACGUUGAUGGACAAUUUCUUCGCCAAGACCAAAUCGCACACGUUGAGAACCAAAAAUAAAGACUGA